CAUCGGGCGGAGAGGAAAGAGAUCUCCGAGUGGCAAUCUGACAAGCGAGUUGUUAAUGUAGUGAUCGAGUUCAAGGCGACCACUGCCUGGCUGCAUGUAAACAUCUCCCAUGCGUCAGUGUUUCGCAUCUUGUAGCUUCCGUUCACCACUAUGACAACGGAAGAAAGGUUUCACGCGGCUGUGGAGGUGAUCCGCGGCCUUCCAAAGAACGGAUCAGUUUCAGCCUUCACACGAGCUUCAGCUGAAGUUCUAUGCCUACUACAAGCAGGCGACACUCGGACCCGUAGCAGAAUGCAAAGUGCCCAAGCCCAGGUUCUGGGACAUUGUAGGCAAUGCGAAAUGGGAUGCUUGGAUGAAGCUUGGCGACAUGUCGAAACAAGAAGCUAUGGAGAAAUACGUAGAGGAACUCGUUAAGGUUGUUAAAAAGUGUCAAGAAACUGCCACAGAGGAGCAGAUUGUUGAGGCAAUGUCGUACACCGACCAUGUGGCCAAGUUUGUGGAUCUGCUUGGGCCCCUGUUUGACUCUGUUCCUGUUCCUCCUCAGAUGGCCGCUGCAUUUCCACAGGUCAAAUUGAAUGGCAGUCGAGAGUCUGAAGAUGACAUAGAGACAAUCGAAGCUGCAGAACAAGAGCAGCCAUUGUACUCUAAGGCAGACAAGAAACAGAGUGAAGAUAAGCCAGAACGGAAAGCAACGGCAGGAGGAAUGAAUGGCCAUGGAUCUGACUUCGAGAGCGAUGAGGAUGAAUUUUCAGACACCUAUGACCACAUGGGAGAUGAGGACGAGAGUGGAUCACCCGAGCCUCGAGAACGAGAAGCCACCGGUAUGGUGGCCACUGCGGUUAAUGAGGCCCUCAUGAAUGGCUCCAACCGGGUCCUGGUGCAAGACAGCAAAAGCCAGCUGUGGGCAUUCUACCCAGAUGGGUCUAAGCCGCCCAAUGGAGAGCUAGCCUUUGUGAGGGGAGGAGGUGACGACAACCCUCACAGGGGUGCGCCAUUACCCAGAUCCGGACCUGGGGCUGGACGCUUGCCCCGAUCACAUCGCCGUAGAGACGGUGGAGCCGAAGGGUCUGCGUGGCCUUCACGGGCAGCUGGCCGGCUGCCUGGUGCGACGGGUGGCACGGGCGGCGGUGGCGGUAGUGGUGGCAGGCCCCAGCUUGCCCUGGAAGUGAGUGAGCAGCUUGCCGUGGCCGUGCUACGGCUGCAGCACACCAUGGACGAGGUAGUGGCGCGCCUCGAGGUUCUCGAGACCCUGCUUCAGCAUGCCAAGGCACCGCAAAACCAGCGCUGGUGGCUCUUUGGAGGUGUUGCACCACACAUCCUGGUGCUCUUGUUUGCCUGGCCCGUGGUUUUUCAGCUUGCCUUUUACAUUCUCAGUCAUCGCAGAGGCAGGCGUCUCAGAUGAACGCAGAACUGAAAGCCCAAACGAAUGCGACACAUAAAAAAAGAAGGAUCUGGAUUCCUCACGCACGAAAGCUGGCUGUUAUUGUUUCAGUGCAGUUUCCAUGCACACUGGUUAUAUGGCAGCCUUUUUCGUUCGUAUCUUGUAAUGUGAGACACACAGCUGUAGCCAGUCUAACGUACGUCUUUUUGAUGCAAGAAUCGUUGUGUGCUGACAUUGACACUGAUUUGUGAGGGGACAUAGUUGAGAAAGAAAAAAAGGGAAUCCCAUUUCAGUGGAUCGCAUAUUUUUCAGGAACAUACCUGGGUGGUUCGCAUGUCCUCUUGCCCAUGAAUAUGGCAAGGCACCACCACUAUUACCUUUUGCCAGCACACUGUACUGCAACAUGUGCUCGCUUACUGUUCGAGCGAUGUCAUCCUAGAGUGCAUUGGGUCCACUGCAGUUGAUGGUAUUUUUGGCACAAAUGAUCUUUUUUAAUUUUAUGCCCGUGAAUUGCUGUAGAACAAGUCAUGUUUGGUGACGUAGCAUCUGAAGCAUUAGCGUGUGGAAGAAGUUAUGUAAUGCACAAGACCCUCAGAAUUUUAGUUUUGCAUUUAUAUUUAGUAUAGCUUUUUUUUUUAUCUAAAACUUGCCAUCUUUAGGUGCUAUCUUAGUAAAUCUUCUAUGCUUGAUUUCACGAGUAUGUGCAAUAUGUAAACGACUUUUUUGUAUGCUGUAAGCAUUCUCUUUUGUAUAUGCUGUACAUCUGCUUAUCAUUCUGCGUGGUCCUUGCUAGGGUGCAACAGCUGAACUGACUGCGUUGAUUUGAUACGAUUCCUUAUUUUUGCACCAUGCUGAGCCAAAACUACGAAAUAUGUUGAAAUGGCACCAUGCUGUGCUGAAAUUCCCCACCAUCUUCAAAAAAUUUUAUCAGUUGCUCAAAAUUAGCAAGAAAUGGAUGUUUCUGCAGUUAGGGCAUCAUGCAGUUCCAUCCGGAUGCACAGGUCAUCACCUCAAUCCUAGCCAAACUGAGAAAGAAAAGCUAAAGGAACAGUGGUUCUACAAUUUGCUGGCCUUGUUCUAUCAUGUGUAGUACAAUUUUUAUUAAGCCACUUUUGCCGCGGUACGCCAGUGCCCUGCAGAAAGGUGUGCUUAGGUGUAGAAGGGGCCAUCCGUACUAGCUGUCACAGGACACAGCACAUUUUGCUCCAUCAUUACCUAUGCAUGCUUGGGCCAUCUGAUGAUUAUAGAUCGCUGAAAUAUAGAAAAUCAGUGGCGAUCGUUCAGAGCUGUGUAUGAUGUUUCUGGGACUCUGAAAAACAAUAAAUAAAUGCUAUGUUUUUUUUUUGCCACUUCCACUUGCGCCUGCCUUACGUAUCUCUUGAAUUUCUAGCUCACCAGGUUAGCAAAUUGGCAUUCGGAUUUGCAGCGCUUGUCAAGUGAUCUCAAGCACGCUGCGAAUGCCAAUGUGAACUUAGUCAUUGCUAGGACUGUGGGGUGGUUCAACGUUCUGCUUUUAUUGAUAUAGCAGGGCUUAUGUGCACUUGCACGAUUUAACUGAUGUUUGUUGAAUGGCUUGUACAUCUUGACAUGAUAGCAUUAAGGAGCCAUUUCACAGAAAUUCCGGUGUUGUUGGUUGUGAGUGACAAUCGUCUUGUUCAUGACUGAAAAAUCUAAAAAGAUGCAAAUAAAAUUAAUAAUAAAAA